AUGGAAGAAGGCUUAAGGGAGGGAGACGUGGAACACGAUGCACGCGAAAGUGAGCCUAACCCUAAUAGUGACAGUGUCCAAAACCCCACACAAAGAUCUGAUGAACAAACUGACAGUGUCCAAUUCCACGCACAAGGAUAUGAUAAACCGAGUGACAGUCUCCGAUUCCACGCACAAAGAUCUGAUGAACAGACUGUCAGUGUCCAAUUCCACGCACAAGGAUAUGAUAAACCGAGUGACAGUGUCCAAUUCCACGCACAAAGAUAUGAUGAACCGAGUGACCUUGUCGCACAAGGACCGGUAACGGUCGUACGCCGACGUAGGCGACUUCUCAAUGCUACUAAUUAUUGCCAUUAUUAA